CCUGGGAUGGCGGGGGAGAUGGAGUCGGCUGGGGCCGGGCAGGGCGCUGCGUCCUGCCGCGCGGGAGUGGGGUCCCCCGGCUUCGCCUCUCCUCCGCACUCGGCUGCCCUCUUCUGAGCCCGAGCCUGCGUCCGGCACCGAUACCCCCAGCUCGGUGUCCCUGGAACCACAGACUUGGCGUAUCUGACCUCGUCUUUUCCCUGAGCCUGCUCACUCACUGUCCCCGCUCAGUUGACGGUCCGCCAUUCACCCACGACAUGAAAUCUGAAGCCUGGAGUCACCCUGAGCUCCCCCUCCCGUGCGCCCACGUCCAGUUAAUCUCGGAGUCGUGUUGAUUUUAUCCCCGACUCGAAUCCAUCCACUUCUCGCCACCCCCACGCCACCGCAGCUCUCCCCUUUGCCAAGUCCGUUGCAAGACGGGACGGUUUCCAGCCUCCAUUCUCCGUCCUACCUCCUUCCCUUCAGCCAGAAGGAUGUUUGUAUGACUCUCCCACCUGAUACCGUCACACAGGUAUCUAUCUAGGCUACCAAGAUGCCAGGGCCAAGACCUCGGAAGGGCCCUCAGGCCAGCGGCCAGGGUGUGGCAGCUGCCAAGCAGCUGGGGCUCUUUGUGGAAUUCCGCCCUGAGGACAUGCUGCUGGGGACGGAGGAGACUGAAGAUGAUGGAGACCUGGAGGCUGAGCUGCUGGCCCUCACUGGGGAAGUGGGAACCAUAGGCAGGAAGCCAGCACCCAAGGGACAGGGCCCCUUGCCUAUGACCCACAUCGAGAAGUUGGCGGCAGACUGUAUGCGGGAUGAGGAGGAGGAGGAGGAGGACGAAGGGCUGGAGGAGGACGCAGACUUGCUGAGCGAGCUGCAGGAGGUCCUGGGUGCAGAUGAGGAUGCUGGGCCCCUGGAUGACGAUGAGACAGUCAGCUGUGAUGGCUCUGGGGAGAAGGGACAGGAAAACAUCGAACCCCCAGUGCAGACAACUCUCCUAACAGCUUCAGUCCCAGCGGCUCAGGUUGGAGGGCCUCAGGGGCUGCAGGCUCUGCUGGAGGAUCGGAUCCAUAACUAUCGGGGGGCUGCGGCCAACGCCAAGGAGGCAGGUGAAGCCGCCAAAGCCAGGCGCUAUGAGCGUGGCCUGAAGAUGCUAGAGUCCCAGCUGGCUGCUGUGAGGAAAGGCAGGAAGAUCAAUGAGGAUGAGAUUCCACCUCCAGUGGCCUCGGGCAAGAAGCCCCUGGCCCCGCAGGAAACAGCCAACAGGAGCCCUGAGGCAGACCCCCCAGCUGCUCCCACCUUGGAGCCAGACGCUUCUCAGCCUGAGAUGAGCCUCUUGGGCAGCCCUGGCAUUUCUGCCCCACCUGAUUCAGACCCAGACCCACGGGCCCUGUUGUUGGUCCGACAGAGAGAGUACAAAGUGGCUGCCCUGAAUGCCAAGCGGGCUGGAGACCUAGACUGUGCCCGAGAGCUCAUGAGGAUUGGGAAGAGAUUUGGUGCUGUCCUGGAGGCCCUGGAGAAGGGGGAUCCUGUGGACCUGAGCGCCAUGCCCCCAGCACCUGAGGACCUGAAGCCCCUCUCACAGCCUUCCAAGGCCCUCAGAAUACCCUCAGUCGUACCCCCAGCAGUGGAGCGAGUACAGCAAGUGAUGGCCCCUGACACCCCCAUAACCCCAGUGGCCCAUCCUGAGCCACAGACGGUGCUAGACGCUCUGCAACAGAGGCUGAACAAGUACCGUGAGGCAGGCAUCCAGGCCCGGGGCAGUGGGGAUGAGCGCAAGGCCCGGAUGCACGAGCGCAUUGCCAAGCAAUAUCAAGAUGCCAUUCGAGCACACCGAGCAGGACGGAAAGUUGAUUUUGCUGAGUUGCCUGUCCCUCCGGGAUUCCCCCCCAUACCCGGUCUGGAGCCCACUGCAGGCACUGAGGAGGAUGCAGUGGCAGCGACUUUAGCAGCUGCCCAGAAGCUGGCCACCUCGGAGGAUGCGGCCCCAGCAGAGGAAGAUGAGGAUGAGGAUGAGUCUGCAGCCCAGGCCCCAGUGGCCAAGAAGCCAGCACAACCUCUGGUCCCUUCAUCCCGGCCCCUGCCGCAGCCUAAGGCCUCGAGUUCUAAGGAGUCACUGAAUCCGUCUGUGCGGGAACAGCUGACACUGCUGGAAGCACGGAGACUGCAGUACCAGCGGGCAGCCGUGCAGGCCAAGCGAGGCCAGGACCUGGAACAGGCCAAAGCUCAUCUGCGGGUGGCCAAAUGCCUUGAGGCUCAGAUCAUCCAGGUCCGAGCCGGCCGACCUAUAGACCUCUCCAAGGUGCCUUCACCCUUGACGGAUGAGGAGGGUGACUUCAUCCUCAUUCACCAUGAGGACCUGCGACUCUCCCAGAAGGCUGAGGAAGUGUACACCCAGCUACAAAAAAUGCUUCUGGAGCAACAGGAGAAGUGUCUGCUGUUCUCCAAGCAGUUCAUGCACCAGGGCAAUGUGGCCGAGACUACGCGGUUUGAGAAGCUUGCUGACGACCGCAAGAAGCAGCUUGAGAUCCUGCAGCUGGCCCAGGCGCAAGGCCUCGACCCUCCUAGCCACCACUUUGAGUUGAAGACAUUCCAGACUGUGAGGAUCUUCUCAGAACUCAACAGCACAGAAAUGCAUCUGGUCAUUGUUCGGGGAAUGAACCUCCCAGCCCCUCCAGGGGUGACCCCUGAUGACUUGGAUGCUUUUGUACGGUUUGAGUUCCACUACCCUAACUCGGACCAGGCUCAGAAAAGCAAAACAGCUGUGGUGAAGAACACAAACUCUCCAGAAUUUGAUCAACUCUUCAAACUAAACAUCAACCGAAACCACCGGGGCUUCAGGAGGGUGAUCCAAAGCAAAGGAAUCAAGUUUGAAAUCUUCCACAAAGGAUCCUUCUUCAGAAGUGACAAGCUGGUUGGCACAGCCCACCUGAAACUGGAGCGGCUGGAGAAUGAGUGUGAGAUCAGAGAGAUUUUGGAGGUCGUGGACGGAAGGAAGCCCACUGGGGGCAAGCUGGAGGUGAAGGUGAGGCUGCGGGAGCCUCUGAGUGGCCAGGAUGUGCAGAUGGUCACCGAGAACUGGCUGGUCCUGGAGCCCAGGGGCCUGUGAGGUGGG